CCGGUAGUGACGCAACCUGCUGGGAGCUCGCGGGAAAAGCGCGCGGGCGCGGGGUUUUCAAGCUUCCAGAGGUCCUGAGUUUAGGCAGUCAUGAGUCUCUGGGUGGACAAGUAUCGGCCCACCUCCCUGGGGCGGCUAGAUUAUCACAAAGAGCAGGCGGCCCAGCUGCGGAACCUGGUACAAUGUGGGGACUUCCCUCAUCUCUUAGUGUAUGGACCAUCAGGAGCUGGGAAAAAGACAAGAAUUAUGUGUCUCCUGAGGGAACUAUAUGGAGCUGGCGUGGAAAAGCUAAGGAUUGAACAUCAAACCAUCACAACCCCAUCUAAAAAGAAAAUUGAAAUCAGCACAAUUGCAAGUAAUUAUCACCUUGAAGUCAACCCUAGUGAUGCUGGAAAUAGUGACCGGGUUGUAAUUCAGGAACUAUUGAAAACAGUGGCACAAUCACAGCAACUUGAGACAAGUACCCAAAGAGAGUUUAAAGUGGUUUUACUGACUGAAGUUGACAAACUUACCAAAGAUGCUCAACAUGCCUUACGUAGAACUAUGGAAAAAUACAUGUCUACUUGCAGAUUAAUACUGUGUUGUAAUUCUACAUCAAAAGUAAUACCACCUAUUCGGAGUAGAUGCCUUGCAGUUCGUGUUCCUGCUCCCAGCAUUGAAGAUAUUUGCCAUGUAUUGUCCACUGUGUGCAAGAAAGAAGGUCUGAAUCUUCCUUCAGAGCUAGCUCAUAGACUUGCAGAGAAGUCCUGUAGAAAUCUCAGAAAAGCCUUGCUUAUGUGUGAAGCCUGCAGGGUGCAACAGUAUCCUUUUACUUCAGAUCAAGAUAUCCCUGAAACGGAUUGGGAAGUAUAUUUGAGAGAGACUGCCAACGCUAUUGUCAGUCAGCAGACUCCCCAAAGGCUACUUGAAAUUCGUGGACGACUUUAUGAACUAUUAACUCAUUGUAUUCCUCCUGAAAUAAUUAUGAAGGGCCUUCUCUCAGAACUUUUACAUAAUUGUGAUGGACAACUGAAAGGGGAGGUUGCACAGAUGGCAGCUUACUAUGAACAUCGUCUUCAACUUGGUAGCAAAGCCAUUUACCACCUUGAAGCAUUUGUGGCAAAGUUCAUGGCGAUUUAUAAGAAGUUUAUGGAAGAAGGAUUAGAAGCCAUGAUGUUCUAAAGUCUUUCAUUUGGUGGCACUUCUCAGCAUAUUUUAAUAUUGAUAUUCCUCCUCUACCACUUGUGUUGUUGGCACUGUGCAUCAAAUAAAUUCAUAUUAAUCAUCUUGUUGUUUUAAUAUUAGUAACUGGAUGAAGUAUUUGUCAUCAUCUAGAAAUAAAACAUUUGCCUCUAGACCAUGUAGUCUAAUGGAAAGUUAUAUCUGUGGUGUUAAAAAAGGCAGGAUAAUGAUAUUUUCUACUAUUAAUAAAUUGUUAUAACAUUGGAUUAGAUUCGAACUGUUUUGUGUUGCUCGAUUUCAUUAGCCUACAUUUCUUGCAGGAAGAUUUAGUUUUAAAUCUUGACUCUGCCAUUUGCUGUCUUUGGGAUGUUAGUCAAGUCACUUAAUCUCCCUGAGCCUUGACUUUUUUAUCUGUAAAAUGAUGGGGUUUAACUGUCUGACUUUUAAGAUCUUUUAUGGGGCUAAUGCUAUACUCCAGCAAGAAAUAAAACAAGUAGAAUUAGCAUCCUCUAAUAAUUAUCUGGCAUAUCAUAAUUUAUCAUGCUCGUGUGAACAUUUGCAAGCUAGAACUAGUCACUGAACGAGUGUCUUCUGUUUUUCCCUCAAUGAAGAAUUAGAACUCUACAGUAACAGGUAAGAAUUGAUUCAUAAUUGCCUAAAAUUGGCUAAAAAUUUUUAAGACAUUUAUUACUAGUAGAAUGGAUAGUGGAAAUAUUGAAUGUUUCAUUGCCAAUAUAGACUAUAAGAAAGGAGGAUAAAUUAAAAUAGAUUCUUCAAGUUUCAAGUUUGUUUUAUUUAGCUGUUUGGUAAUUAAUUUGCAUUUUAAAAAUAGGUCAAAAUGAUAUGCUACAAAUGUGAAACAUUGAAUAUAAUGUAAUUUUUGUGGUUCAAGAAAACUAAAAGAGAUGAAGUUUUAGAAAUAUGUUUUUAAAGUGUUUGCAAGCCAUGUCCUGUAUGUACAUUUCUCUUAAUAUUUUGAAUGCAAGUAUAGAUGACAUGCUGAUUGGUAACAAAACUAAAGAUAGACUAUUUGAUGAACAACAGAUUCAGGAUUUAAAGAGUAUGGUUGGACACCAAGCUAAAUCCAGUGAAAUGAAAUUAAAGGGUGUUAUACACAUAAAGUUCUAUAAUCAGGUUUUUAAAAAUCAACUAACUUAAGAAUAUGAUACAGGAAACCUCACUUGGUAGAAGCUUAUGUAAAGGAUGAAUUGAAGAUUUUACAUGACUAUGUGACUGCUUUUCUAAAAAUUUCACAGCUUUAAAUUGCAUUAAUAAAGAUAUCUUUUCCACUUUGGGUAAAAGUCAUACUAUAUUUGAUGCUGGUCCGACUACAUCAGGAGUAUAGUAUUCAGUACAGUAUGCUAUACAUACUUAUAUGGAGAGUGAAGGCAAUCCAGUGUGGUGAAGCUGCUGGAAACUAUUUCUUGAGGAAUGCUGGAGAAAAUCAUCUCAGAGAACAUAAGAUAAGUGAGAAAAGAUGAAAUUCAAAUAUUUUGAGAACUGUCUCUUGAUAGUAAAUGUAAGCAUUUUUUAUUCAGAGAUCAAAACCAGCUUUCCAAUAAUUAAAAUUGUUCAAGAAUAAAAUUAGAAUAUCUUGGGAAGAUGGCAGGAGAUGUUUCCUAAGUGCUAUAUCUCCCCCCUCCCAAUAUCAAAGCAAAUAAAAAACUCCUGCAAAUUUAGAUAACAGUAAUGACAAAAGGAUAGUGAAAAAGCCCUCUGCAAUUUUGUAAAGCAACUCUUACAGAAAAAAAUUAGCCAAAGACGAACUUACUGGCUCAUUCCAGAUGCUUUUUCAUUCCCUAUGCCAGCCCAGAAUGACCUUACAACUUUUAUGGUUUAUUUAAUCUUAGGCAGUUACCUUUUGGAAUUUACCCAUUGCUGUUUUGCAAGAAUAUUCCUGUUCCAAAGAUAUUUCUAAGGACAUCUUCAGAAUGAGUAGGACUAAUAGCUCUGGGGCAGUCCUGGAACAUCUAUCUAGCUUGUUUUUCCAACUUCCUUAGUUCCUACACUGGCAUAAUUUCAUCCUAUGAUAUAAGAGAUUGCUUUGAUUUUAGGCACCUGGCUUUCAGAUUUAAAUUUAACCCUGUCUGUUUUAAGGCGAUUUAAAUUUGGAGUAUUUUUUUAUUUGUGUUUUGUACAUUCUCUUAAUGUGAACUUUGCUAUCUGUUUCCACUGUUACUUGGCAAACUUUCUGUUUGAAUAUUUCUCAUAUGAUAUUCAUAUUUUCUUUUCCAUUGUUUUUCUGGAAGAUCUGUAAUCCUUAUAUUAUUGCUUCAUAUUGUGUCAUCAAGUUAAGUAUUCUUAUUUUGUAAUGAUCUUUCAAUCUUGUCUCCUGUUUUUACUUUAUUUUUUCUGAGAGACAUUGUGACUUAGGCAAUUAAAAACUAUUUUUAGAUCCAAAUCUAGGUUUAAUUCUUGUCUGAUAUAUAUGCAGGCUAUGUGACAUAGGGCUGUUCGUUUAAUCUUUCAGUACUCUAAGCAAUACUCAGUGACCCUUAGUUGAAGAGAAGCUGCUGAGUUACUAAGGUAAAUGUUUUCUCAACUGGGAAUUUUCCAUAUCAGGAUAUAAAAGGUCUUAUCCCAGUCUCUUCUUCUGUUUGUCUUACGUCCCUACAUUUUUGAUUUAUAAUCCUGUCAUUUUCCUUAUUAUCUGAUAAAGAUUAUCUAAUCUACUGAUGUGAAGUGUGGGUUGCUUUGUUCUGUUAUUUGAAAGUUAUACUUUAUUUCUUUCUUAACUCUGAUUUUUUUUGUGGAGCUAUCUGUAAUCAUGAAAAUGCUAUUUUUCAUUAUUGAUUGAAGAAAUGCAAAUUAAAAUAACUGAGAUGCCAUCUCACACCUAUCAGAUUGCCUAAUAUAAUAGAAAAGGAAAAUAACAAAUAUUGGAGGGAAUGUAGAAAAAUAUACACUAAAGUACUCUUGAUAGAGUUAUGAACUGAUCUAACCAUUUUGGAAAGCAAUUUGGAAAUAUGUCCAAAGGCAUAGACCUUUGACCCCAGCAACACUGCUGUUCCCAAAGAUCAUAAAGAAAGGAAAAGGUCCUAUAUGUUAAAAAAUAUUUGUAGCAGCUCUUUUUGUAGUGGUAAAGAAUUGAAAAUUGAAGGGAUGCCCAUCCACUGGGACAUGGCAGACAAGUUAUAGUAAAUUAUUGUGAUGGAAUACUGUUACGCUAUAAGAAAUGACAAGCAGACAUUUAACACUUCCUAGCUGUGUGACUCUGGGUAACUCACUUAACCCCAAUUGCCUCAGCAAAAAAAAAAAAAAAAAAGACAAGCAGGAUAGUUUCAGAAAAACCUGGAGAAACUUACAUGAACUGGUGCAAAGUGAAUUGAGCAGAAGGAAGAGAUCAUUGUAUAAAGUAAUAGCAA